AGGCGCAGGCUGAGGCUGUCGCGGCGGGCGACGGCUUGAAGAGGCCUGGCGCUGGCUGCUGAGAGGGUGCCUCGGGCGGGGGACGUGAGGCGUGGAGCCCGUGGCAGAAGUCGAUGUGAUUUAAUUUGAAGCAAAACCAAGAAAUGAAUGUUUCUUCCUCAUUCAUUCAUACUGUUUUUUGAUGGCCAUGGCAUAAGGAACUUUAUCCCAGGAAUACAGCUUUACUUUAGUACUAAACAAGAUUUGUGAUGAAAUGGAGCCUGGAACAAACUCUUUUCGAGUCGAGUUUCCUGAUUUUUCUAGCACCAUUCUGCAGAAACUGAACCAGCAGCGCCAGCAAGGACAAUUAUGUGACGUCUCCAUUGUUGUUCAAGGCCACAUUUUCCGGGCACACAAAGCUGUUCUUGCUGCCAGUUCACCCUACUUUUGUGACCAAGUACUUCUGAAAAACAGCAGGAGAAUUGUUUUGCCUGAUGUGAUGAACCCAAGAGUGUUUGAGAACAUUCUCCUCUCUAGUUACACAGGACGCCUAGUAAUGCCUGCUCCAGAAAUUGUUAGUUACUUAACAGCAGCCAGCUUCCUCCAGAUGUGGCAUGUGGUGGACAAAUGCACUGAGGUUUUAGAGGGAAACCCUACAGUCCUUUGUCAGAAGCUAAAUCAUGGCAGUGACCACCAGUCUCCAAGCAGCAGUAGUUACAAUGGCCUGGUAGAGAGCUUUGAGUUGGGUUCUGGGAGCCACACUGAUUUCCCCAAAGCCCAAGAACUGAGAGAUGGUGAGAAUGAAGAGGAGAGCACCAAAGAUGAGCUGUCGUCUCAGCUCACGGAGCAUGAAUACCUGCCCAGCAACUCGUCGACGGAGCAUGACCGGCUGAGUACUGAAAUGGCAAGCCAGGAUGGGGAGGAGGGAGCCAGUGACAGCGCUGAGUUCCACUACACCCGGCCCAUGUAUAGCAAGCCUAGCAUAAUGGCUCACAAACGCUGGAUCCACGUGAAACCUGAGCGCUUGGAGCAGGCUUGCGAGGGCAUGGAUGUGCAUGCAGCCUACGAUGAGCACCAGGUCACUGAGUCCAUCAACACCAUGCAGACAGAGCACUCGGUGCAGCCUUCGGGAGUGGAGGAGGACUUUCCCAUUGGGGAGAAGAAGGUGGAAGCAGAGUUUGACGAACAGGCUGAUGAAAGUAACUACGAUGAGCAGGUGGAUUUCUAUGGCUCUUCCAUGGAAGAAUUUUCUGGAGAGAGGUCAGAUGGGAAUCUCAUUGGGCAUAGACAGGAGGCUGCCCUUGCAGCAGGCUAUAGUGAGAAUAUUGAAAUGGUGACAGGGAUUAAAGAAGAAGCUUCCCACUUAGGAUUUUCAGCCACUGACAAGCUGUAUCCUUGUCAGUGUGGGAAAAGUUUCACUCACAAGAGUCAGAGAGAUCGACACAUGAGCAUGCACCUCGGUCUUCGGCCUUAUGGUUGUGGUGUCUGUGGUAAGAAAUUCAAAAUGAAGCACCAUCUCGUGGGCCACAUGAAAAUUCAUACAGGCAUUAAGCCGUAUGAGUGUAAUAUCUGUGCAAAGAGAUUUAUGUGGAGGGACAGUUUCCACAGGCAUGUGACUUCUUGUACCAAGUCCUAUGAAGCUGCAAAGGCUGAGCAGAAUACAACUGAGGCUAACUAAAAAUAGGAUCUGGCCCUUGAGUGGCAUGCACAAAAAUAAACUAUGGUAAUUAAUGCAAAUCUGGGCACAGAUGAUGCGUGCUACUUGCUAUUAUGAGAGAGGCUUAAAAAAAAAAAAAGGAAGAUAUUUCUGAAAGACCAGCUCUAAGUAGGCCAAUUAAAAAAUCUAAUUCUUCAACUAUGUAUGUUUCAAUCUUGGCCUGAAAUGGGCGAUGGGGAUAAGUUAGCCCACUGCCCAGCUGGCAAGGGAAACCUUCAAGCCAAUAGUGUUUGAAGCAGGUGGACUUGGUAAUAGAGACACCUGUACUUGGAACUGGACUCCAGCCUACCAGUUCCAUUGCAGUGGCAGCAGUUUUUGAUCACUCAUUAUUACAAGGUCAUGUUGAAAUUUUAUUUUGCUUUAACUAUAGAUACUUAGGAAAUGUGGGUUUGUUUUGGUAGCUGCUUCACUGAAUGAAAUGCUACUUAUGUAAAAGCUACAUAUAAUGUGAUUCCUAGUAUGAGAAACUGAUUAACAGAGCUCUCUUUGGUUUCAUUCUUUCUAAAGAGUAUUUUAACUAAAACUAUGGAGAUCCUGAGAGGGUAACACUCUAAAACAAACAUUCUGAAACAACUUAUGGUACAAGCUUCAGUUUCUGUAAGAUGCGACUGUCACAAUGUUUCAAACUCUUAAUAAGGCACAGUUUUGUAUUUUAAUACUAACUUUGAGUUUGAAUUGUAUCUAAUUGUAAUUCUUUUGGGUGCCAGAGAUAGGUGUUUCUAAUUGGUUUGCUGCCCCAAAUCCUGUUUUUUAAAUGUAGCAUCCAGGCAGUGAAAUCUACUCCGUUUAAGAGACAUCUAGCCUGUUGUGACUCUGACCUCUGUGCCAGGUAGUACCCCAGUUGUUGCUCCAUCUUAGAUUAUGGUGCUUCCCAGCAAGGGCAGCCUGUGACCGUAUGUCACAGGAAGGAGGAGCAGAAGUCUUGGCUGAGUUACCUGUGAGCUCUAGGAGUUAACAGUGCUGCAUGGCACUCCUAUUGUCAGAGCGACAGUUGAGGAGAAGCAGAAUCUUACGAAUGAAAGGUUAAACCCGAGGGAAAAACACUGCACAAGAGGAGUCUUGAAAAUACACUGGUGGAAGAGGGGGAUACUCUCUUAGAAGGAUACACAGAGCUAAUGCUGCCAGUUUCUUUUGAGUGCAGCAGUGUGUGUCAAGAGGGGGAAGGAGUCCUAAUUUUAGCCAAAUAUUCUACAGGUUCAUUCUUCCAGGUUGCAGAUGAGUGCAUAAAUUGACAAGUCCACACAGCUA